AUGCGCGAUCAGUGCAUCGUCCUCGCCCUGUCGACGCUCUGCGCCGCCGCGGUGUUCGAUUUCGAGGCCGACGGAGGCGCUGAGGCCGGCGACGACACUUGGGACACUGUCAUCUCCAACGGUGCAAAGCUCAACAGCUCGCUGUCAAAGCUGCGCGAGGGUGAUGUCUUUGUCGUGCCCACUAAGACGUUUCACCUCAUGGGCGGCAUUCACGCGCGCAACCUGCACGGCGUCACCAUCUCCAUCGACGGCACGCUCUCAUUUGCCUCAACGGCGCUGAAUUCCGGCCGCUAUAUGAAGGCGUGGCCACGCGGCAGUGACGGAGGGGUGUUGGAUUGCCUGACCUUCUCAAACCUCUCCCGCGUGAGAUUCACGAGCGCAAGCCGCGGUGAGCUCGACGGCGGCGGUGCAAAGCAGGAGGAUAGGCCGCGGCUGCUCACCGUGCUGGAGUCGGACGACAUUCUGGUGGAGCGGCUGCACUUCCGCCAGUCGCCCUACUGGACCUUCCUCGCUAGCGGCGUGACGAACCUCGAGGUGCGGUACUCGCGCGUCGACAACCGACGGACGCACGCCGACCGUCAUGAUUUGCUCGACUUGACCGCCUUCAACACUGACGGGUUCGACCUCGCUCAUUGCGACACCGUCUGGAUCCAUCACUGCGAGGCGACCACAUGGAUGAUGCGCCCUGAGAGAACUGGAGGCGCGGAGGCGCUGCUUUGA